GGUUUACUUUCUCGCAGAGAAUUUUAGUUUGCACGAAAAGAUUAUUUUAAGAGCGGCACAUGCCCUUGUUGCAUGCUGGGAAUGAACAACACCAUGCUCUGAAGCACUCUAGAGUUCCGAGCGAUCCUAGCGCCACCUAGCGGGCGGACCCAUGUACCACGGAAUGAAAGCAACUUUGAGGUUACUUGCAUCGGUAAUUCCUUCUGCUGGUAUAAGAAGUAUGUCUAAACGCGUUCAACCCAAAUGGGAGCCUCCCAGCCGAACUGCCAUUCCUGUUUUGAAACUAUACAAUAGCUUGACUCGACAAAAGGAAGAGUUUGUACCUCAAAAUGGAAGGAAAGUUACAUGGUACAGUUGUGGUCCAACAGUGUAUGAUGCAUCGCACAUGGGACAUGCCAGGUCCUACAUAUCUUUUGAUAUAUUACGUCGGGUUUUGUCUGAUUACUUCAACUUUGAUGUUCAAUAUGUCAUGAAUAUAACUGACAUAGAUGACAAAAUUAUCAAGAGAGCUCGUCAGCAUUAUCUAUUUGAACAGUACCUGAAGGAGGAAAAGAGUCUGUCUCAAAUUCUUGAAGAUGUUGAUGCAGUUGUUAGGAGGUUGAAAGAAACCCUUCAGAAUACCACAGACCCAGACAAAAAAAUAAUGCUUGACCAAAUGCUCAGCAAAGUAGUGGUUGUCAUGGGUGAUGUAGAAAUAGCUGUAAAAUCUAAAAGUGAGGAAAAUAUUCUGGCUGCUAAAAAGAACUUGCUGGAAGUAGCAAAGGACCCACUUUCGGAUUGGCUUGACAGUUCCUUAGGCAGUUCUGUUGCUGACAACUCAAUAUUCAGCCAACUUCCUCGCUUCUGGGAAGCAGAGUUCCAUAAAGAUAUGGAUGCUCUGAACGUUUUACGACCUCAUGUACUCACUCGAGUCAGUGAAUAUGUACCGGAAAUUAUUGCUUUCACUCAAAAAAUUAUAGACUGUGGAAUGGCAUAUGAGGCUGGAGGCUCUGUGUACUUUGAUGUCGGCAAGUUUGAUUCAAAGGAGAAUCAUCACUAUGCCAAACUAGUACCUGAAGCAUUUGGAGAUGAAAAACAAUUACAAGAUGGAGAAGGUGAUCUAUGCAUCGGUCAAGACAGAUUGAAUGAGAAGAGAUCACCUACUGACUUUGCUCUAUGGAAAAAGUCAAAAGCAGGAGAGCCGUCAUGGGAUUCUCCAUGGGGUAGUGGCAGACCUGGGUGGCACAUAGAAUGCUCUGUGAUGGCUUCCGCCAUUCUGGGCCCCUCCAUUGACAUCCACACUGGAGGUGUCGACUUGAAAUUCCCUCACCAUGACAAUGAAUUAGCGCAAUCUGAAGCUUAUUUUGACAAUGAUAAUUGGAUUCGAUAUUUCUUACACUCUGGGCAUCUGACCAUUUCUGGUUGCAAAAUGUCUAAAUCUUUGAAGAAUUUUGUCACUAUCAAGGAUGCUUUGAACAAGUAUAGCUCUCGCCAGUUGAGAUUUGCAUUCCUACUACAUUCCUGGAAGGAUACUCUUGAUUACAGUGACAAUACAAUGGAAGUUGCAGUAACUUAUGAAAGAAUGCUCAAUGAGUUCUUCUUGAAUGUUAAAGAUCUUGCUAGAAAUGUUGGUCAACAAACUACUCUUGACUCUUUCCAAAAGUGGACUCCCAAAGAAUUAGAACUUUUCAAUAAAUUUUCUGCAACAAAAGAUGCAGUUCAUGCGUGCUUGUGUGAUAAUGUGGAUACUGCUGGAGCUCUCAAAACUGUUAGAGACCUAGUUUCAGCAUGCAAUUCAUACUUGGGUGACAAGUCACCAGAUUUUUCACCCAAUGCUCUACUUCUCAAGGAUGUGGCUUCUUACAUUAUGUGGCUCUUACGCACUUUUGGUGCUCUCCCCUCAGAUUCAAGCAUUGGUUUUCCUCUAGGAACGGCAGAAAAUUCUGGUUUUGAUCUUGAAGAAACUGUUAUGCCGUAUGUACGAAUCCUUGCUGAAUUCCGGGACAGUGUUCGCACACAAGCUAGAGAGACCAAAGAUGUAGUGAUUCUUAAGCAAUGUGACAACCUGAGAGAUGAUAUUCUGCCCACUGUUGGAGUUAGACUAGAAGAUCGCGAAGUUCCCCCAGCGAGGGUAAAACUUGUUGACCGUGAAACACUGUUAAAGGAAAGGGAAGCAAAACAAAAAGCUGAGGAAGCCAAGGCUGCUGAAAAAGAGCGAAAGAAGCAGGAACUUGCUCAGGCUGCUGCACUUAAAGAGUCAAAGCGCAAAAUCCCACCCACUGAAAUGUUCCUCCAAGAAACAGACAAGUAUUCAAAGUUUGAUGAAAAUGGAUUACCUACCCAUGAUGCAGCAGGCAAAGAAAUUAGCAAAGGCCAGCAAAAGAAGCUUCAGAAAUUACAAGCCGCUCAAGCCAAGCUGUACGAAGAAUAUUUAUCAUCUAAACAGUGAAUACUUACAAAGACUGAUUUUGUAUAAAGUAUUUUUCUUUGGGAGACAUGUGUUAUUCUUUCCCAAUUUACUUAAAAAGCUAGGAAAAUCAUGUCAGUAACUGUUAAUCUGAUACUUUAAAGUUACUUUAAAUAGUUACCUUUGAUCUUCCUUUAAUCACUAUUAUAUUGUGUUGAUUGAGAUUGGCGAUUGAGUUGACAACAGUCAGUGGGAUGGCCUAUAAUAAUAAAGGAGAGCUAGAGGGUUUCUUAAUAAUGAACUAUUUUUAUUAUGAAGUGUUUUGUUUUUAAAAAGUUGUGCUAUUUUGGGGAGACUUUUAUCGUGCUUACCUUAGGAUUCUAAUAAAUUAAUCCACUGCCCGGUGCCUUUAUUUUGAA